GCGAGUUUUAUAUUUAUUGCGGGACGAGCUAGGUUGGCGGGAGUGAUACCUCUGGAUUUUGUAGUUGACUACUUUAUUUAGUCAUUUUUCUUUGAACGUGCUUUAAAAAGUAUUUACAUUUAGAAGCACCGAAAUGGACGGCUUUGAUGUUUAUGCAAUAUUUGGAGUAGAUGAGCCACCACGGCUUAUCUUGAGCUCUCCUGAUGGGUGGCAGGACUCAGUUGAGAUCCAGCCGUGUGUCCAGCAGAUCGUUGUCUUCACCAGAGGAGACUGGGGAAAGAGAGAUUCUGUUACAGUGGAACUUACAGAUGAAGAAAACAUGCCCAUUAAUAUGGGAAAACUGACUCCUUUUAGCAAGUGUCUGUCAUGGGAGACCUCUGAGGAUUGUGUCUGGUCCAGAGGAGCGACCUUAACUGUCAAAGUCAACCAGGUUACAAGUGAUUUGCUGGAUCCAGUGCUGACUUUAUCACAGAUGGAGUGUACACCAGAGUGCAACCCCACAGUCUCGGUAUUAAAGGAGUGUAAAGGCAAAAGGAAGCGGUCACAGGGAGAGGAGGAAGAUGAAGUGGAAGAAGGUAGAGAAAAGGAGAAUAUUUGUCCCAAUGGCUCAGGAAAAGUAACGCCUCACAGAAGGGGCAAGACCAAUCCUCGGGCAGGGCAAACACGUCUGUUUCCUCAAAAAGAUGAACAGUCUGCCGCCGCCGCCACUUCUCAGAGCCACAAAGCUAAAGGCAAGCAGGCCAAAAAUCCCUUGCAGAGUGCUAUAUUGGAUAAACCAUCAGGGCGCUGGGGUCAGACACUAUGUCCUAUUGAUCCACAGACAGCCAUUUUGAUUGGAGGACAAGGUGCUAGAAUGCAAUUCUGCAAAGAUCCAAUUUGGAAACUGUGCACAGAGGAUCUGUCCUGGGUACCUGCCGAAACACUGGCUGAAGGACCCACCCCGGAGGCUCGUAUUGGACAUACAGCAACCUAUGACCCAGAAUCAAAACGUAUCUUUGUGUUUGGCGGCUCAAAGCAUAAGAAAUGGUUCAAUGACGUUCACAUCCUAGACACACAAAGCUGGCGCUGGACUUUGGUGGAGGCACAGGGUAAAGUGCCCCCUCUGGCGUAUCACAGCUGCAGUAUGUUCCGUGGAGAGCUCUUUGUGUUUGGAGGAGUGUUUCCUCGCCCCCAUCCAGAGCCAGAUGGCUGCAGUGACUCCAUCUACAUCUUUAACCCUGAAAUGGCAAUUUGGUAUCAACCUAUAGUCAAUGGAGAGAAGCCUGCUCCUCGUUCUGGGCACUCGGCAUGUGUGAUGCAAGGAAGAAUCUUUGUGUUUGGAGGAUGGGACACCCCUGUCUGCUUCAAUGACAUGUUCAUGCUAGACCUUGGUUUAAUGGAAUUUUCUGCUGUUAAGGCAAGUGGAGCUGCCCCUUCUCCCAGAAGUUGGCAUGGCUGUGCUGUUGUCUCAGACUGCAGUUUUCUGGUCCAGGGGGGCUACAAUGGGAACAGUGCUCUGAGUGACACCUUCAUCUUCAACACGGUCACCAGUUCCUGGUCUUCCCUGACUCUGCCCCAGCUGAAUUCUGUACCAAGAGCUGGGCAUUCCAUCAUAACCAUGCCAUUCACAUGCAAAACGGAGUCUAUGGAUGAGCAGGAGGAAGUUCCAGAGCCAGCCCCAGAAACACUGUUGAUUUUUGGUGGAGGUGACAAUGAAGGGAGCUUCUUUUCGGAUCUUAUCACUGUGCCAGUAAAGGAGAUAAGACAAGACUAAAUGUUUGUGUCAAGAUUCAGUUUAUUAAAUGAGACACUGAGAUGACUCAUUUUUAUAUUACUUUUAUGCUGUGGUGCUUCGACAUGUUUGUAUGUGUGGAUACUUAUCUAUUUAAAUGGUUCAUAUCUUUCUAUAAAUACUUCAAAUGUGUUAUAGCACAUCACUCAGGAUUUUGCUCCAUGUCACUUGUUUUUUUUUUUGUGCAAACUGUGGGAAGUAGUUCUUUACUUUGCCAUAUUUGUGUUAAGGGAUAUUUUACUCUAAAGUGAAAAUUCUGUCAUCAUUUACUCACUCAAAUUGUUACAAACCUGUAUAAAUUACUGUGUUCCGAUGAACACAAAGGAAGAUAUUUUAAGAAAUGUUUGUAACCAAACCAUUCUGAAGCACCAUUCACUUCCAUAGUAGGAAAAAGACAACUAUUGAAGUGAAUGGUGCUUCUAAUU